CCGCCCCGUCCAGCCGUAGCGCAGUGGUAGGUUCUGAUCUCUCCCGGGCCCGCACUUGUCGUCCGGCUGCCUCGGGGCCGCUGCUCCUUGCGCCCCUCAGCGGGCUUUGCGUCCCUAGAACCGCUGCCUCGGUCUCCCGCGCCGUCUGGUCCCCGCCCCUCUCAGAUGCUGGCUUCCCGGUGUCUCCGUGGUUGACCGGUCUGUCUCCAUCUCUCCGCCUGUCUCUGAUGUCUCUGUAUCCGCUGCCCCCUCCCUCUACAUCUCUGGAGGUCUCUGUGUCUAUGUCUUUAUCUCUGCCGCUCCAUCUCCGUCCAUCUGUCUCUGUCUCUCUCCGUCUCUGUUUGCCUCUGUCCCGCAGUGUCUUGAGGCGCUCUCCAUCUCUGUGGACCUGUCUGCCUCCAUCUCCACGUCUUUCUGUCUCUGUGCAUCUCUUUGCCUUUUCCCCUCCUGUCUCUCUGUCUCUCGUGUCUCUCUCCCUUUUCUCUGUCUCUGUCUCUUAGACCCCAUACUGCCACCUUCAGCCACCCUCAUCUCAUCCCAAAUCCUCACCCCUCCCCAGAGCUUUCCUCGGGGCUGGGGUGCUGCUUGGGAGUGCGGUAAGGAGCAUAGGCUUGCUACCUGGGGCAAGUGGACUCUGAGUGACACUGUGUCUCCAGUGCCUUUUUCACACAGUCACCUCACUGCUCCUGACGUCCCACCCACCCCACCCUCCAAUUUCAGGAAUUCCUGGCUGGGGGGUGGACUUCCUCCCUCACUUCCUCCCUUCCAGGAUUUGGCUGGGUCACCAUUAACUCCUUCCUGCAUCGGCCUCAUCCCCACUCCUUGAACUGGGCCCCCCUCCCCGCUCAGACCAGGCUGAGGGGCAGGUCUGCAGUUUCUGUGAGGCAUGGGUUGCAGGAUGUGUAUUGUGCACUCAGACAGGAUGUGCGCUGGGGUAUUUGCUUAGGGACACAGAUGGAGAUGAUGGCGCCCACACCCCCUAACACCUCCUCCAGGGCUCACCACCACCGGCCCCAGUCCUCCUGAACCCACUGAGAGGGUGCCCCACCCCCAGAUCUGUCUCUGUGGAUGAACUUGACUUCAGGUUUGGGGUGAGGACGGGGAGGUUUUCCUUUCUGGAGUGGGUCCCAGGAGGAGGAGACCAGAGAGACCGAUGAGGUAGGGCCUCCUGAACUCUGGGAAUCAUAUAAUCAAGAAGUCUUGAAUGUGAAGUCUUUGAAUGGAACGACCCAGAAUGUGAGAAUAACAGGAGGGGAGGCCUGGGAAUGCUCCAACCUUCAAAUCAAAGGUCCUCAGGGCAUUUGAAUCCUUCAGUCCAAAAGGAUUCGUGCUGGAAUUUUGGCAGUUUUCAGCUUUCGCAGCUGUGAGCUCUAAACGGCUUUUGGAGCCACCUAGGCCAAGCACCCACUUUACAGAUGGGGAAAUUAAGGCCCAAAAGCAGAAGUCCCCACAGUGAGUUAGUGCCAGACUCGGGGUUGGGACUCUAGUUCCGCAGAAAAUCCAGCGAUCUGGCUUCUUUUGCUGCCACUAAGUCGGAUUAAUUUGGAGAAGGCGUCUUCACCGGGAGAAGGGAAGAAUGCCAGGGCACUGCAAAGUCAGCUUUGAACUCUGAGGUGGGGCCACCUCAUCUCAACUGCUCAGCCCCUAGGUGGACCAAGCCGGAGUCCCUCCCCUGCCCCCUUCAAAUCCCCCCUCCAUCUAUAAUCUUCCUCUGAUCUGGCCCUUACUCACCUCCUUCCUGUUUCUUAAAAACCCUUCCCACAUUCUCCAGACUGAACAAUUCCUGUCUGUCCACCCCCCACCCAGGACACCUCCUUUUCUGUCAUCUCCUCAGUGGUUACUUUACUUAUUUUAUCAUUUCUUACUGGGGUCCUAGGAAAUGCCAGUGCCCCCACCCACAUUACCUGGUCUUUUUAACAUGCCCUAACUGUAGUUUGUCCUAUCUCAACACUAUCCUCUAUAUUGCCGGUGUCUUCUAGUACAUUCCAUCUCAUCAUUACUUCAGCACAGCCGCACUUACUUCCUCCAUUACGUACAGAUAAUCUCCCUCUCACCACUGCCCACUGAUGCCUUCAUCUCCUCGAUAAACACUCCCCCCAGCCAAUUUUUUUGAUAUCCCAAUAUGUCCUCAUUUACACUCUGAGUCUAUAAACACCCCCUUGACAAAGCUCUUUGUUAAUCCCACCACCCUCAAAACCUCCGCCUGUUGUAAUUCUAACUUUCCCCUCUCAAGCUCCACUCUUUCCUGCCCAGCCUGGCCCUGGAUUCAUAGUCAACCUCAUUUCUUCCUCGUGGACUGCCUCCCACCAUGUGCCCCUGAGCCUCCAAGAAGGGGGCUCAGGGCCCCGAUGGCCUCCCGCCCCCCGUGGCCCCAUAGCCCCCGUGGGCCAGGGGAAGCUCCUGAAAGCCCCACUGCUGAGAAUGGGCAACGGCACAUGGGAGGGCUGCCACGUGGACUCACGCGUGGACCACCUCUUCCCGCCGUCCCUCUACAUCGUCGUCAUUGGCGUGGGGCUGCCCACCAACUGCCUGGCCCUGUGGGCCGCCUACCGCCAGGUGCGGCAACGCAACGAGCUGGGCGUGUACCUGAUGAACCUCAGCAUCGCGGACCUGCUGUACAUCUGCACGCUGCCACUGUGGGUCGACUACUUCCUGCACCACGACAACUGGAUUCACGGUCCCAGCUCCUGCAAGCUCUUCGGGUUCAUCUUCUACACCAAUAUCUACAUCAGCAUUGCCUUCCUGUGCUGCAUCUCGGUGGACCGCUACCUGGCCGUGGCCCACCCACUGCGGUUCACCCGCCUGCGCCGCGUCAAGACAGCCGUGGCCGUGAGCUCUGUGGUCUGGGCCACGGAGCUGGGCGCCAACUCGGCGCCCCUCUUCCAUGAUGAGCUCUUCCGCGACCGCUACAACCACACCUUCUGCUUCGAGAAGUUUCCCAUGGAGGGCUGGGUGGCUUGGAUGAAUCUGUACCGAGUCUUCGUGGGCUUUCUGUUUCCAUGGGCCCUCAUGCUGUUGUCUUACCGUGGCAUCCUGCGGGCCGUGCGGAGUAGCGUGUCUACCGAGCGCCAGGAGAAGGCCAAGAUCAAGCGGCUGGCCCUCAGCCUCAUCGCUAUUGUGCUGGUCUGCUUUGCGCCCUAUCACGUGCUCCUGCUUUCCCGCAGCGCGGUCUACUUGGGCCGCCCCUGGGACUGUGGCUUCGAGGAGCGCGUCUUCUCAGCGUACCACAGCUCGCUGGCCUUCACCAGUCUCAACUGUGUGGCCGACCCCAUCCUCUACUGCCUCGUCAACGAGGGCGCUCGCAGUGACGUAGCCAAGGCCCUGCACAACCUGCUCCGCUUCCUGGCCAGUGACAAGCCCCAGGAGAUGGCCAAUGCCUCGCUCACCCUGGAGACGCCACUCACUUCCAAGAGGAAUAGCACGGCCAAGGCCACGGCAGCCAGCUGCGCGGCAGCUCCCUCCUCCCAGGUGGACCAGGUGCAGCUGAAGAUGUUGCCACCGGCACAGUGAACCUCACCUCAAAUUGUGGAGCCCCCAUUCCUCAGAUCUCAUCCCACACUCUCUUCCCUCCUUGUUCAGUGUAUGCAAAUUAUAUGUAAAUAAGGCUGUGUUACUAUUCAUAAGAAAACAGGAAAACAGUGA